UCUGUCUGUCAUCAAUUGAUAAGUCUCAUUCAGAGUUACAACAAUACAACAGUUGUUCUAUUGGAAAAAGUACCUAGUUGCACCUCUAUUCAAUAAAAAUGGCCAAACAAAAUUUCAUCAAAUUUGCUCUUAUUGUUGGACUCGUUCAAUUGGCUGUGUGUAAUCCAGCGAAACCUAGUUUCUGGAAAGGGACACAACUGGACAGUACCGUCGAAGAAAUGCGAUCGAAUUGUGCUACCGGAAGUGAUGCGAUUGCUUGCAUGAAAUUUAAAGUGGUGAAUUUCUUGGACACUAUUUUCCAAAAGGAUAACUUCAAGUUGUUCGACGAUACGGAGGUUCGAAAAAACGGUUUCGUUGGUAACGAAAAUAAUGCUCGAAGUGAAUCCGAAGCCGUUGAUGUUAUCGAACAAUACAUCCAAAGUCACGAUGUAACCUUCAGUGUACCGAUUGCCGAUGCUAAAGUUACCGUUUCACCGAAAAAUCUAAACAACAACGAGCUUACAUUCAAUGUAAAAUAUUUCAACGAAGGCAAGGGUGCCACCGAAGCUCGCAAAUCGAAAUUGAAGAAAAUUGUUAUCCCAAUUAUGGUUUUCGUUCUAUUGAAAGCCAUGACAUUGAUUCCACUAGCUCUUGGUGUACUCGGUCUCAAGGCAUGGAAUGCUCUACAAUUGUCAUUCUUCUCGUUUGUUAUCUCCACUGCUAUGGCCAUUUUCCAAUUGUGCAAGAAGAUUGCAACCGAUAAUCAUCAUCCACAGAUUGCUACUCAUGCACCAUGGGAAACACGAUCGUUUAUGGACUCUGAUGCUCAAAACAUUGCUUACAGUGCCCACCAAUAAAUCAAUUGUACUAGCCGGAUUCUUAUGAUUUUUGUUAAACAUUUCUUUUCUUCUUAAUUUAUUGUAUACUCGAAAUGUAAAUACCAAAUAAUUAAAGCGAAAAUAAUUUAUUGAAC